AUUAUCACAUCUUUGCUCAGGCUCAGCUUGUCUAAAGUAUUUUCUCUGAAUUAGUUCUCCAACAGUCAAGGAAAUGAUUAACCCCCAGAGACCCACGGUUGUAACAUUACAACAUCAGAUUUAAGUCUACAAGAAUAAACCUUCCCCAUUUUUUCUUUUUAAAACUACAUUUACAUUGCUAAUAGGUCCUAUUGUUCAGUUCUGCAACACUAUUGACUGUUAAAAUGUGUAAAUAGGCCCGUUUAUCUGGCCUAGAACAACAUGUGAAAGGUUAAAUAAAGAUUUUGCAGUUGUUUUCUAAAUUUGGGUCUCUGGGGGUUAAAAAGCUAAAUAAAACGUCAAGCUCCAUCGUUUAAAGUUCCUUCUCCCUUCUGCCCAGCGGUUCCACGGUUGCUAGGCGACGGAACGUUCGCGGAGGGAGUUCAUGAAGGCUAGGCCUGUCCAAAUUCACAGCCGUUAACAUCCGGUCUACCCGGCCGACGGAGGACGCAGCCCACGUCGGCCGAGUGGGCUGCGUCCUUCGAAGGAUGCAGACCCUGAAUUGAGAGCCCCCACAAUGCCGCUCUAAAAAUGGUCCCAUCCCGGAAGUAAGAAAAAUUGCAGUUCCACCCUCAUCCGCUGGGGGCUGGUGCCAGAAGCGAGCAAAUCCUCUUUGACUCCCAUGUUAAAAAUGCCGAUUUCACAGCAGAAAUAAACAUGUUUACAGCCUGGUGCCAAAACAUGUUUUUUGUCUAAAUUAGCUAGUUUAUACUCAUGACAACUCUGAGGGGGGUGAAUUUUUUUCUCACUCUUCUGUAUUGAAAGCCUAAAAUUCUGUAUAAUUAAUGAGCAUCCGACACACGUGACCGCCGCCUCAGACCCACGUGACCACAGAGCUAGCUCCGUGGAAAGGCCUCAGUACAGCCUCGGCCCCUCCUGGAAGCUGUUUCGGGAUUUUGAGUCUCUGUGCUUGUGAAUUCUGUUUUGGAUAUUAUUGGUGCAAUUGUUGGACAAAAUGACUUGCUGUGGUAUUAAUUGCACUAAUAGAGCGUCCAAGGAGUCUCCACUUCAUUUUUUUCGGUAAGUUAAAAUCUAUAUUCGUAUUUUAUGUCACUGCCACCUUUAAACUAGCUGAGUUUACCGAAGUAGCUAGCUAACUAUCAGUUUAACAUGUAGCAUGUACUGUUUAACCAUGAAAUUUAAAUGUAAAAUACGGUAAAAUAAUUAAUAGGGCAUAUUCAGAUGGGUAAUAUGGUAAAAGAUCAAAAUGGGUUGAAAUAUGACGGAGCGCAAAGAGGGAGACUUCUGUGUCCAUUCUUCCACCCGGUAAUCCCCAGCGGUCAGGCCGGGCAGCCUGGACGAUCCGGCGCCUACUUGCUGCGCCUAGCUGCUGCGCGGUCUGACCGCUCGUGGAGUUUUUCAUGUCUGACUUUAACCGCAUCUAAUACUGUAUUACGGCGUGAGCGCAACAGCGACAACUUAAUAUCGAUGUGUAAGCAGCCUGAGUGGUAGGGUGUUUUCAUCUGAACCCUUAAAAUCUCCAGCAGGCUUGGAGUGACACCUGUGUCCAUUCUUCCAUCCGGUAAUCCCCAGCGGUCAGGCCAGGCAGCCUGACCUGUGCGGCGGCUAGUUUCUGCGCGGGCUGACCGCUCUUGGAGCUCUCAGAGACAGAUCUGACCGGAGAAAUACUGCAGCUCGGUGAGAAGUCUAUAGGGCAUACAGCGUUUCCCUUAAAUCCCACCGCCACGCCGACAAGAUCCCAAGUUUCUUUGUUUUUGUUUGCGCUGUUUACCGAAGAAGCAGCGGGAACUAAUAUGUUGUCGCUUGUGAUCACAGCCGGCGGGUAGCAAGUAUGUACAGUCUAUGCUUUUACCGCUCCCUCCUGCAGUCUUCCCCUAUUAAAAUUUAAAAUGUGUAACUUCAUGUAUUGGGAUGAAUGACUGAUAUUCAUGUUAAACUCAAACGUUAGGUAUUUAGGGGGAAAAAACAAAAUAAUAAACAUUAUACAGAUGUCAAAUAAAUCAAACUGUAAUUAAACUACACUCUUAAAAAUGCUGGGUUAUUUUGCUAACCCAACUGCUGGGUUAAGGCUGAUUUUUAAGCAGUUGGGUCAAUUUAAUACAACAUUGGGUCAAACAUUUUGACCCAGCAUGUUGGGUUAAAAGGGGCGGUAAAAAGAAAGAUCCUCCCCCUCGUCUGUGCCAGCUUCACCAUUUUAAAGUGGAGGAUGACAAGGACUUGCCUCAUUUCCAUGGACCUUCACACCAGCAAUGUUUAAAAAUAAGAUGGAUGAAUUUGUGAAGGACAAACUUCUGGAAUGGAACCUCUCUGAAUACAUCCCUGCUUUUGAAGCUGAAAAGAUUGACAAAGACAGCCUUUUCCUCUUGGAUGCGAACAGCUUGACGACUUUGAUACCUCUCCUGGGUCCACGCCUGAAAAUUCAGAAUAAUUUAAAAAGAUUACUUGAGGUAUGACCAGUGUCAGAGGUCAAAACAGAAUGGGGUACGUGUGCUUUAAAUGUCAUAGGUCUUUAGGUCAUAACAUAAGAGCUUUUUUUAACCAUCUCAGAGUGGUGCAUCAUAUACUUUCUACUUCGACUUAUUUCCAGUGUGCUCAAGUUGGGUGCCAUCGCACUUUUGAUCAAAUAAGAUCAUUCAGACGACACAUAAUUGGGCAUGCUAUUGAGUUUGACAUUGAAACAGAAGAAAGUAGCACAGGUGAACUUCCUGACAGUUCAGUAGAUCCUCAUUUAAGUGUGCUAAAUGAGGUGGAAUGCUGUGAGACUACAGCAGAACAUUGGGAUGAGCUAGAGGAAGACAACAUAAAGGACAGAGUUGCACUCUUCUUAGCUAGGUUAAAGGCAACAUCCUCUCAGACAUUCAGUGGGAUUAGAGAUGUAGUUGAAAACACAUCAGGUCUUAUCAGAGAUGUAGUUGGUUGCUUAAAGAGAAAAACACUCUCUUUUUUAAGAGAGAUCGGUCACUCUGAGACUCCACAAGCAGAGGACCUCAUGGAGCAGUUCACCAAAGCAGCUGAACCAUUUCAAGGAUUUGAAUCAGAGUACAAGCAAAUGAAAUAUUUUACUCAGUCUGGGUUCUUCAUACAGCCAGAGGCAGUACCACUCCCUGGCUUUUCCUUUACACAAGAAAUUGAUCGAGAGUCAGGAAAUGUGAAACAAGUUGCAGUUCGGGACACUUUCCAGUAUGUUCCCUUGAAACCCAUGUUGAAGCUUGUUCUGGAAAGUCCAGGAACAAUAGAUAAGAUCUUUGAAUGGCAAAAUCUUGAAAAUGCUGCCUUAGAGGAUUUCAGAGAUGGCACAAUAUUUGAAACUAAUCCACUUUUCUCUAAAGAUUUCUCUAUUCCAUUGGUUCUUUACAGUGAUGAGUGUGAGAUGGUGAAUCCACUUGGCGCAAAAACAUCAGUCCACAAACUUGGUUUUAUCUAUUUCACAAUGAAAUGCUUGCCACAGGAAUACAUGUCUAGUUUAAAGUCUCACUUCUUGUUGGCAGUGUACAAAGCUGAUGAUGUAAAAACAUAUGGAAUGAACACAAUUUUAGAGCCAAUUGUGAAUGACAUUAAAGACAUGGAACUGAAUGGCUUUCAUGUUGAAACCACACGUUUUUCAGGCAUUGUUAAGGCUGGAGUGGCACAGGUCUGUGGUGAUAACCUUGGACUUAAUGGAAUACUUGGUUACACAGAAAGCUUUGCAGGCAAUAGCGUGUGUCGGUGGUGUCGAGUUCACAAGGAAGUGUUGAGGGUACAGACAGUUGAAGCUCCUUCAUCAAUACGUGACAAGGUUAACUACCACUCAGACUUGCUUCUACACAAACCAGCUGAAACUGGCAUCAAGAGAGAGUGCUCUCUUAACAAGUUGCAGUUCUACCAUGUGACUGACAAUGUUGCUCCUGAUGUCAUGCAUGAUAUCCUCGAAGGGAUUGGUGGUUAUGAAAUUAAGCUUGUGCUCAAUGCAUUGAUUGAACAAAAAAUUGUCACUCUUGAUCAGCUGAACUACAGGUUGACAAGCUUUGACUAUGGAUUUUGUGAUGUCCACAACAAGCCAUCAACCAUCAAACCUCAGGACUUGAAAAAUCCUGAUACUGGACUUAGGCAAUCUGCUUCACAAACAUGGUGUCUGCUAAGACUGCUUCCCCUCAUGAUAGGGGAUUUGAUUCCAGAGGACAACAAAUAUUGGGAGUUGCUUCUUUUAUUGUUGAGCUGCAUGGAGUUUAUUUUUUCUCCUUCAUUAACAGAAGGAGCAGUAGUCUUUUUGGGGCACAUCAUUGAGAAGCACCAUUGUCUUUAUUUAGAGCUCUUCCCAGACAGACAUCUAAAACCCAAACACCACUUCAUGCUUCACUAUCCCAGAGCCAUACGGAAACUUGGGCCUGUUGUUCACUUCUGGUCAAUGCGCUUUGAGGCAAAACAUGGGUUUUUCAAAAGAGUGAGUCAUGUUACCUGCAACUUUCGAAAUAUCUGUAAAACCCAAGCCUACAGACAUCAAAUAAUGAUGUGUUACACUCUCCUGUCAGGCCAGAUGUUUUGCCAUGAGUUUGAAGUUGGGCCAGGAUAUACCAAACUCCUUGGUACAAUAGAGGAUUUUGAGAAGGUCAAAUCUGGGUUUGAAGGAGUUGCUGUUAUUACAGACGUUUAUCUGCCUUCUUGGAUUAAGUACAAGGGCACUAGCUACAGGACAGGAAUGACAUUAUUUAUGUCUCAUACAGAUGACUGCGAGCCUCAGUUUGGAACUAUUCAGAGCAUUGUGGUACUUCGUUCGAAUACUAAGCUCAUUUUAAAAAAGUGGGAAACAAUCGGCUUUGAAAGGCAUUUUUUUUGCCUUCAAUGUUUCCCCUACCUCAGCGAUUGAAGCAGUGGACAUUGAUUCCAUUGCUGACUAUCACCCUCUCCAUGCUGUGAAAUCCUACAAGGAGAAUUGCAGUGACUUCUACAUUUCACUGAGGUACAGGCUAUUUUAAACCCAAAGGGUUUUAAGUACUGUCUUGAGCUUUGACCUGGUACUACCUCAUUUUUGUGACAAAUAAAUGUAAAUACAUUCAAAUCAUUAAAAUAUUUGAUUAAAAUCAAUAUAACUGUGGAGCUGCAUAUCAGCUUUAUCAUCAUCACUUUUGAUUCAAGCCCUAAACAAACGGAGUCUGUUUGUGCACCAGCUGACAAAUUGCAGCACGUGGCUCCUGUCCAGGGUGGAACAUCAUUUUCCACCCUCGGAAUCAAAGGCAUUGCUGGCAUCAUCAGUAGUGGAGCAGUUUCCAUGUCUAAAGGACAGUCUUGGCACAGGCUAUGAUGCGUGGUUCACCCCAGGAAGGAAACAUAGACCUGCAACAGGAUUCCUAGAGGA